AUGUCUGUGUGGUGGCCAGGAAUAGGGCAAGACAUAGCACAAGAGGUUUCUACUUGCCAGUUUUGCCAGACAAACCGGCCUACACAACAGAAGGAACCAUUAAUCACUACUCCAUUGCCAGCUAGACCCUGGCAAAAGGUUGGGAUGGACUUGUGUGAGUUGGAAGGAAAGCGAUAUUUGGUCGUGAUCGACUAUUACCUUAGGUAUUUGGAAGUGAUGUACUUACCAGAAAUCACGUCGAAACAAGUCAUUGGUAAGCUCAAGAGCUUAUUCGCAAGAUGGGGCAUCCCAGAGGAAGUCGUCUCUGAUAACGGGGCUCAGUUCACAUCGGCGGAGUUCCGGCUGUUCCAGAGUGAAUACGAUUUCAUUCACACAACAUCUAGCCCACACUUCCCACAGGCUAAUGGUGAGGCUGAGCGGGGAGUGCAAAUAGCGAAAGGAAUCCUCCGCCAAGAGGAUGUGUUUGCUGCAUUAAUGAGCUAUAGAGCUACACCAAUUGCAGCCACGGGUGUAAGUCCUGCACAGCCGAUGAUGGGACGGCAGAUACGUACCAAAUUGCCAACCCGUACUGAAAAUUUAAAUCCCAAAUGGCCAGAUCUUAAGAGUGUCAAGAUGACAGAUGACCUAGCUAAGACGAGCUACCGUCGGUUCUACAACAGACGUCAUUCAGUGAAAUCUCUUCCAGAGCUUGGACCUGGAGACAUGGUACGGGUAAAGUUGGACAGGGAGAAGGGAUGGAAAACACCGGGAGUGGUUGUGAGUCAAGCGACUACCCCACGAUCAUACAUAGUGACCACUGAUGAUUCGGCAACAAUGCGCUGA